AUGAGACUAGAGGAUGGCAGCAUUGUGUCCAUUCCAGAGGUGGUCAGAACAGUCUGGCACUCAACUCUGAUCAAACUCUAUCUGGCAUAUUGUGAGGAGACAGAGUUUAUUCCUCUGUCUAGGUCUACAUUGUUCCAUAUUCUUCGAGUUUGUCCCGCUUCAAGGCGCACAAAUCUGAAGGGUCUGGACAAUAUAACAGCAGAUGGAGAGAGCUCAUAUGAUGUGCUUCUAUCAGUAGUUGCAGAUGUGGAAAAGUACAUAACAGAUGGAUUAUUGCUAAUGGAACUGAAGGAAUGCAAAGAAUCCUUGGCAUCCAGUAGAAUUUAUAUGAAAACAGAUUUUAAAAUGCAUUUGAAACAGACUGACCACUGCAGUGAUCAUUGCAUUAACCAUGCUCUAAGUGAUCCGCUUGACAUUCAGUUCCAGCAAGCAUGUACUGACCACCAACAUGAUGUUGGUUGUGACCGCUGCCAAUUACUUCCAAAAGCAGUUUUAAAUUUGAAGGAAAUCCUGAGCAAUCUCGCAGAUCUUUCCCCCAACACCAGAGAAGAAUUGUUUAUGGAUAUUGAUGCAGCGGUAACAAAGAUUCUUCAAUGGAAAAGCCACAUAAUUAGAACUAUCAAUCAGGAUACUGCUAGGACACACACACUGAAAGAUCUCCAGCCUGGUGAUAUUCUUAUUAUUAUGGACUGGGCCAUGAAAUUCUUACCAAUUACAUUUAGAGAAAAACAGAGCGACUGGUAUGGCCAGAAGGGCAUAAAUUGGCACGUGUCUGUGUGCAUUUACAAGGAUGAAAACUCAAAUUUAAAGCAUAGAACAUUCGCUCACAUGUUGGAUGGAGUGCGUCAAGACUGGUUAGCGGUUGCCUGUCUUUUGGAAGACACACUUCAUCAUGUGAAACUGCAACUUCCCAGUACAACAAGGGCAUUUAUUCGGAGUGAUAAUGCCGGGUGCUACCAUUGCGGCAAUCUAUGGCUUGCCAUACCAGGCAUCAGUAGGCGCACUGGAGUGUUCAUAGACCGCUACGAUUACAGUGAGGCCCAAAGUGGGAAGUCCUACUGUGAUGCUAAAAUAGCCCACAUGAGAGGGAAGUUUAGCAAAGUUGUUGCAUCAGGAUAUAACAUCCUUACAGCAGCCAACAUGAAGUCUGCCAUAGACCUGUAUGAAGGAACAACUGGAUGUCAAGCAGCACAUGUUAAGCUCCAGGGAUGUCCUCCUUCUACAGCCAAGUGCCCAAUAAAGGGCAUAACCAAGAUUUCAAAUGUCAAGUUUGAACCAAAGCAUCUAACAACUUGGAGGGCCUUCAAUAUUGGCAUAGGCAAGCAGUUGCCUAUUGAACAUGAAAACAAUUUGGGCACAUUCAAAACCCCAAAGAGAGCAAUGAUGUUGUUGAUUCUUCAGAUGAUCAUGCUUUUAAUUGUCCUGAAGCAGGAUGUACCCAGAUCUUCACAAGAUACAGUGAGAUGCAAAACCAUUGCUUAA